AGGCUCAAGCCGUGAUAUUCAUCAGAUCACCACAGGAAGCCCAAACUACUUCAACAAGGAAAGAGGAUUUCCCAGCUUGUGUUUACCUGCAGAACACCCCGGUUCCUCAGGUUACAGAGGGACAUAGCUGCUGCCUUCCUUUCCCAUUUGGACAUAAACACGUUGAUAUUUUACCCAGCAGGCCGUGUAGAUGGACAGAGGCAUGUCUGUGUCUCUGUGGUGUGAGGAGGUGGAGGACCAGAGUCAGAACCCGAGCCAGACUGAGGCUCAAUCCCAGGGCCAGAUCGUGGGCUCGUCUCAGCUGCGAGCCGCCUGGGACCCCACCGUGUCCGGGCUUCGUGUGAUCCAGAGGCUUCUUCAUGUGGAGGAGAGGUACAUGCCCUCCAUGCUCUACAUCACCCUCAUCCAGCGGGAGCCAGAGCACAGGGAGCAGCUCGCCAAAUGGGCCCUGGAGGUGUGCUGUGAGUGUGGCUGUGGUGAGGCAGUGUUCCCCCUGUCUGUCUCUCUGAUGGAUCGGUUCCUGUCGGCCUCUUUGGCUCUACCUGUGUCACCAUACUGCCUGGCUGCCGGCUGCAUCCUCAUCUCCUCCAAACUCACCGAGUGUGACACUGUUACCGCUGACACUCUCUGUGCUGCAGCUGAAUACAGCUUCCAGCCUUCGGACCUGAGGGAGAUGGAGCGUGUCAUCCUCGCCACGCUCCGGUGGGACACAGCAGCAGUGACUCCACAGGACUUCCUCCCACACUUUCUCUCCUCCGUGGAGGAGAGAGGAGAUGGAGACAGUGGUGACCGUGAGGAGGGGCUGCUCUCCACCCUGCGGCGGCACUGCGACACGCUGGCUGCCAUGUGUGCCUGUGACUCCCGCUUCCUGGGAGCUCCACCGUCACUUGUUGCUGCGGCGUCUCUGAACUGUGCUCUGAGGGGUCUGGGCAACAAGGGCCCCGCUCAGCUGGCUGUAAUGAGUGACGCACUGGCCGAGCUCUGCCAGGCCGACCUGGUAGUGCUGCAGUACUACAGUGACAUGAUCGAAUAUGCCCUCCGACAGCGGCUGAGGAGUGGGCUUCAGCAGGGCCCCAUGGAGAAGGAUGAAGAGGUGGAGAACGAAAGACCCGGGACACCUACUGACAUGAGAGAGAUUGAUUUCUAAACACUGAAUCAGCUGUUACAUUGAAAGUGUGAAUCAAUCAAAACCUUUCAUCAAAGUUCAUCAGUCAAACUGAUAAAUAUAUGUAUAUAUAUAUUG